AUGACCUUGCCGGGUGAGAAAACAACAACCGAUGAGCUUCAGGAUGCGGAGCAAAAUACCGAUGCCUGUCGCCAAAGCCGGGCAUUGCUUUUGUCGGAGGAAGAAGCUCUCGAAAAAGCACGGAGCAAUCCCAAUGACGCGCUACCGAUUCAGAUAAUAUACGCCGCCAAUGACCCAGAUAACCCCCGGAACUGGCCAAAAUGGCGCAAAUGGUAUAUCACCUGUGUGGUGAGCAUGCUCAAUGUUUUCACUACAUGGUGCGCAGGGGGCAUUUCCUCCGGUGCUGCCGGAAUACAAAAAGAGUUUGGGGUAUCGGCUGAGGUCACUACUUUAUGUUUAUCUCUAUAUAUUCUUGGAUACGCAAUCGGCCCCGUCCUUCUCGCCCCACUCUCCGAAUACUUUGGUCGGCAGCCGGUUUACGCCGUAUCAUGGUUCGGUUUGUUCAUUUUCCAGCUUCCGCUGGCUAUGGCCCCAAACAUUGGUACUGUUCUGGCAUGUCGAUUCAUUGCAGGCUGUGCCGGAGGUGCGCCCCUGACAAACAUUGGAGGUAGUAUCAGCGACCUCUGGGAACGGAACGAGAGCGGAGGGCCCAUGGCCGUCUACGGGCUGAGUAGUACGUUUGGGCCUCCUAUGGCGUUGGUGAUCACCGGCUAUAUUGGACUUAACCUCGGCUGGCGGUGGAUAUUUUGGGUUUUGAUGGCCAUGACGGGCGGCAUUUGGGUCUUGUUGGUAACCACAAUUCCCGAGACACGACACACCACAGUGCUUAAGAGGAAGACCAAACGCGCACGCAAGCAGAUGAAGAAAGAGAAUCUUCAAUCCGCAGAAUCUACUACCGACAUGCAUGCGAAUGGCAGAAAAGGGCUUUACGAACUAUUCGCUAUUACCCUCACUCGUCCAUUCCGCUUUCUUUUUUCGGAGCCCAUCACGUUGUUCUCGGCAAUCUAUAAUGGCUUUCUGUAUGGAUUGGUAUAUCUUUUCAACGAGGCGAUCCCUCUGGUUUUCGGCGCUCCGAAAGGACACCCAUUCAAUACCGGCCAACAGGGACUUGCCUUCUUGGGACUGGCGAUUGGACCGUUGAUUGCAUUCUGUUUCUACCCACUCCAAGAACGAUACUAUCUGCGCCGGGUUGCCGAGAACGGCGGCAACGGUGUUCCAGAGGCGCGGAUGUGGAUGGCCCGUGGGGGUGCGAUUCUCAUUCCCAUCAGUCUAUUUUGGUUUGGGUGGACAAGCUAUCGGUCGGUCCAUUGGGUUGUCCCAAUCAUUGCCUCGUCAUUAUUUGGCGCCGGGAUUUAUGUUGUGAUUCUGAGCAUUCUGAACUACGUUGUGGAUAGUUACCAGACGUACUCAGCUUCGGCUCUUGCUGGUGUCAUUCUGGCGCGCAAUUUUGUCGGUGCCGGAUUCCCAUUGUUCGCCGCUCAGAUGUAUGAGAAACUGGACUAUGAAUGGGCUUCCUCUCUCUUGGGAUUCAUCUCCAUUCUUCUUGUGCCGAUUCCAUUCCUUUUCUUCUACAGGGGAAGAGCCAUUCGCCUACGAAGCCCGUGGGCGCGGGAGUACUUCGACCAGAACGAAGACAGCCCGCAUUAA